AAAUCCUUCUACAAACUGCUACGCUGCUCAUGAAACCGAAAUAACUGAACGGGAAAUCCCGGUAUUAACUAAAGAGUUGACGUCACGUUCCAAGGGACAGAACAGUCGCUUUCACAUUCGCCUGACCCAAACACUUUAAGUUUACAUUGAGACAUUUGAUCAGAUAUUCUAAAACUAAAAAUUAAAAGAUCAUUUUAAUUACACCAUUUUCUACGUCGCAGUUUACAUUGAGAUACUCUAUCGAAAAUACAAUGAGAUGGCCGCAUCGAUUCCUAUAAAGGAGCAAUUAGCUCAAUUGUUGAAAAAUCUGGACGAGAUGAAUAGUUUGUUGAAAAAUAAUUUAAGUGACUUCGAUCAACAGGUAAAACAAGCAACACUGGAAUGGCUGGAUAAUCCAUCAGAAGCGAAAAUAGAUUUUAAAGAAGUGGUUUCUAUGGUAACAACAGUAAAUACUGCCCUACUUGAACUUAAGCAAACGAUUUCUGUUUCCUGCACCAAGUAUCAAGCAAUGGCUGCUGGAGAUAAGACAACACAAGAGAAUAAAAGUGUUGACUCUGUACACGAUGCACAUGAUUUUGAACUUUCUAUGGCAGCUGAUUUAAGUAACAAUCUGGAGCAGAGAGUAGAACGUCUUGAAACAACGCUAUCUUCACCGCAAAGUAGAAAUAAAGAAAGUGUAGAUGAAUUGACAGAAAUAAAACAAUGGAGGGACACAUAUACAAAAGAACAAAAUAAUAUGAAGGAAGAAAUAAAACAAUUGGCUCUAAAGGAAAAGCAUAAUUCUAAGCAAUUCAGAAAGCAAAUUAACGAACAACAAAUUAUAAGGGAUGAGAUGAACGAAGAAAUGAAAAAAUUGAAUGAAAUAAAACAAUGAGGAAAACACUAAUAUUAGAACAUAACACUAUGGCGAAAAAACUUGAAGAAUUGGCUCAGAAAGAAACAGACAAUAAAGAAAAGACUCGAGAGCAAAUAAAAGAAACCAAAACCAGAAUAAAUAAGUUAAAUAAAGAAAUUGAAACCCUCAAAGAAAAAGAAUCAAACACAAGACAAGCACUAGAUAUCACGCAUACAGAGUUGAAUAAAUUUGAUAUUAUAUUAAGCAAAAUAAAUCAAGAAUUGGAAAUUCACACAAAUAAAAAAGAGAUAUUACAAAAAGAAAUAAAAAGUCAUUCUGAUGUUAUAUCCAACUUGAGGGAAGAAGGAAAAAAAAACAAAAAUACGGAAACCAAAUUAGAAAAGUUAAUGUCAAUG